AAGGGAGAGGGGAGGGACGGGGUUCCUUUGAAGGAGCCAGCUGACGUCGAAGGGGUGUCAUCGUAUGCAAAUAAGCCAGGAUUCCCCUCCUCGAGGCGGAGAUUGGGUGGUGUUAUCUGAUAUCAGAGCAGUUUCACUUCCUCCUUGCCUUCUGGGCACAGAACCGGGCAGAGACGACUCUUUUCCCCCCGGAGGUGAGGUGGGGCUUCCAGGUACCGUAAGCUGGAGGGCGGGGGGUGUUGUGGUAGAUCCGUGGGAGGGUUUAAUUAACAACACUUUUAAAAAAAAAAGGAAUGGGAAAAAAAUAAGUAAAAUUUAUGAUUUCUCUUAAAAACAAUUGUAAACAGUUACAAUCGUUAGUAGCAUUGCAAUAACACUUGUAGUUUAAUGGUGAAUUUGGGAUAUAAUGGAGAUGUAAAAGAUCUGGAUUAUUAUAAAAGAUGCAGGGGGAAAUGACUAAAGAUAGGACCCACAAGGGAGAGAAGAGAAGUCCAGGAGAUUCUUUGUAAUCUUGUCUUUAUGAUGUAUGUUGGAUAAAAAGGUAAAGGGACCCCUGACCAUUAGGUCCAGUCGUGGCCGACUCUGGGCUUGUGGCGCUCAUCUCACUUUAUUGGCCGAGAGAGCAGGAGUACAGCUUCCGGGUCAUGUGGCCAGCAUGACUAAGCCGCUUCUGGCGAACCAGAGCAGCACACAGAAACACUGUUUACCUUCCCGCCGGAGCAGUACCUAUUUAUCUACUUGCACUUUGACGUGCUUUCGAACUGCUAGGUUGGCAGGAGCAGGGACCGAGCAAUGGGAGCUCACCCCGUCGCGGGGAUUCGAACCGCAGACCUUCUGAUUGGCAAGUUCUAGGCUCUGUGGUUUAACCCACAACGCCUCCUGCGUCCCGUAUGUUGGAUAUGUGAGUGUAAAAUGUUAAUUCGAAAAACCAAAUAAAUAAAUUUACAAAAAUAAUAAUAAAGCACUUUUAUUUUAUUUUUUUGGGGGGGGAAACCAACCAAAACGUUAUUGUUAUCAUCUAAGUAAGCAAGCUUGCAUUUCUGAGGGCAAGCUGUAAAUAACUAUUUAGGAUAAGUCAGUAAUAAGCGCCCGCAUCAGAAAUGGUCUCCGAGAGCACAAGUGGCCACAGUGCCUCUGAGCAGGGAAAGAAGGAACUUCCCCCAUGAUCAGAAAAUGAGAAGCAGUUACGGCCACCAACAGUGGAAGGCUGUGCACUCUCCUUCCUUGGAGGUUUUUAAGCAGAGCUUGGAUGGCCAUGGAUGCUUUCGCUGCGAUUCAUUCCUGCCUUGCAGGGGGUUGAACUAGAUGACCCUCGGGGUCCCUUCCAGCUCUAGGUAAAGAUAAAGGGACCAGAGGUACCUGUUUAUCUACUUGCACUUUGACGUGCUUUUGAACUGCUAGGUUGGCAGGAGCAGGGACCGAACAACGGGAGCUCACCCCGUCGCGGGGAUUCGAACCGCCGACCUUCUGAUCAGCAAGUCCUAGGCUCUGUGGUUUAACCCUCAACGCCAAUCGCGUUCCCAGCAUCUUCCAGCUCUAUGAUUCCAUAAUACCUUGGAUGGCUUUAAAAGAGGAUUGGGGAAACUCGAGGAAGAAGAUGAGGAGAUCCGUGGCUGCUAGCCAGGAUGGCUGUGCUUUGCCUUCACAGCUGGAGGCAGCUAUGCUUUUGCAUGUCAGUUGCUGGAUGUGCUGGGCCCGGGGGUAACCUGAGAACCGCGGUCUAGGUCCGGUCCAGAAUCUGUAGGUUCCACUAGGAGUCAGUCCAACAGGGUCAAGGCAGGACACAAGACAGGAACCCAGGCAAGGACAGGUACAGGAUCUCAGGCAGGGUCUGGCAUACAGCAAUGUUGCUGCCGCAACCUGCGGCGGGGUCCGAGAGCCUUUUAUCUCUGACGGGGUAACGGCUGGUCCUGAUCCCCCGGUGACUCACCUCCCUCUCUUGCCUGAAGGUGAACACUCCUCCUGCAAGUACUCAGGUCUCUCCUUCUCUCAGACCUUAGUCUCUGCAGCUCGCGAGACUUCGGUGGGUUACUAGACCCAGGGGCCGCCUCAGCCUCCCCUGACCCAACUGGUAGUGGAGCAGCUGUAAGUGAUGGCCCAGCUGAAGUCAACGAGGUAAUCCUCGCAUCUGGAGCCAGGGCAGGCUCAGGCCCCUGACUCGGCCCAGCUGGUGUUUGUUGCAGGGGAACCUGUGCAGACUGGGACCCUUCAGGAUCAGGACUUAUUUCAGAUGAUGCCUGAGGCAAAGGAUCUGGUGCAGACUGAGACUCCUCUGGUUCCAGGUCUGAGCCCUGGUCCCAGGCCAUCACAUUGGAAACCACAGAUGGUUCUCUGGCUUGUGGGCUUCUUUUGGAGGCAUCUGUGAGAACAGGAUGCUGGACUAGAUGGACCAUUGGCCUGAUCCAGCAGGCUCUUCUCAUGUCUCCAUUACCUUGUUUAAUCCUUAUUUAUUUUUAAAUUUAUUUAUUUGGUUUUUCAAAUUAAAAAUUCACAGUCACAUAUCCAACGUACAACAUAAAAACAAAAUUCCAAGGAAUCUCUUGGACUUCCCUCCUCCCCUUUGUGGGUCCUAUUGUUAAUCAUUUCCUCCAGCAUCUCUUACGAUAAUCCAAAAUCUUUUUUACCUCUCCACUGUGUCCAAAAUUCACCAUUAAAAUACAAGUGAUAUUCCAAUCCUACUAAUGACUUUAACUGUUUACAAUGGUUUUUAUGGUAAGUUAUAAGUAUUACCCAUUCCCUAUUAAAAUUUUGGUCUUCCUGAUUUCUGACUCUUCUGGCCAUUUUGGCCAUUUCGGCAUCGUCCAUCAACUGGAUCUGCCUUUCUUCUCUGGCGGGGACUUUAUCUUCUUUCCAUCUCUGUCUAAUCCUCUUUUAAAGCCAUCCGAAUCAGUGGUCGGUUGUUGCUGCUUCUCGCGGGAGCGAAUCCCAGAGUUUGAGAUGCUUUCUCUUCCAUUUCUUCCCCCACCUCGUGGCCGCCCUCAGACAUUUCCCGAAAGAAGAUGGUGAAUAUUGAGGACCUUCCCAAGGAGAUGCUGCUGGAGGUCUUCCUUCGGCUCCCUUCCUGGUUCCUCCUUCGCAGUUGCCGUCUGGUUUGCUCUGGGUGGCGAGACAUGGUGGACACUCUGAACAUGGGAUGGAAAGAGAAGUGUGAGCAGGCCGGCUACCCACUUGGGGUGUUGACUGGCGCUCUCCCUGACUGGAAGACUUUCUACUUUCUCUGCAGAAUGAAGAAGAACCUCAUCAGGAAUCCCUGCGGCGAAGGUGGGGAGCAAGAACUUAUUUCAGACUUCUCCCGCACCAUAAAUCUUAAUAAUAUAAUAAUAAUUUAUACCCCGCCCUUCCUGGUUCAAAAACCGGGCUCAGGGCGGCUAACAACAAAUUUAAAACAUUUAAUUAUAAAAGCAGCAUAAAAUACAGUAUAAAAACAUGAAUAACCAUAAAAUUCAAAAUUCAAAAAAUAAGCAUUAGAUAGGGAUGCGGGUGGUGCUGUGGGUUAAACCACAGAGCCUAGGGCUUGCUGAUCAGAAGGUCGGCGGUUCGAAUCCCCGGGACGGGGUGAGCUCCUGUUGCUCGGUCCCUGCUCCUGCCAACCUAGCAGUUUGAAAGCACGUCAAAGUGCAAGUAGAUAAAUAGGUACCACUCUGGCGGGAAGGAAAUAGUUUUGGUUGCCUCGGGUGAUUACCUUUAUCUGGAGACAGUGUUCGUGUGUAGGGAGUGCAGAAAUCCCAGGUUCAAUAUCUGUAUGUAUCCUUUCCUUUCACUGUCCUUUUCUUUCUGGAUUCACCACAGAGGGCCUGAACUCCUGGCAAAUUGGGCCAGAUCAAGAAGAGGCCUGGGAUGUAGCGAAGCUAUCAAGGGAUGACUCUCCCUUUGAGGAUGGAACAUGGUGCUUUGGUGCAUUUAGCGGGUAAGGAGCACAUUCCCAAUCAAAUGAAUUUGGGGCGGUGGUGGUAUGUGUUUAAUAAUAAAUAAUAAUAAUAAUAAUAAUAAUAAUUUUAUAUAUAUCCCGCCCACCCCAGCCGAAGCUGGGCUCAAGGCAGCUAACAACAAUAAAAUAAUACAACAUUCUAAAAUCAUUUCAUUAUAAAAUUAAUUCAAAUCAAAUUAAUGGCAACCAUUGGGCUAGAGUUCUGUGAAGAUUGCCAAAGGAGGAAGUCAGGCUGUGCCUUGGCCAAAGGCCUGGUGGAACAGCUCUGUCCAGCAGGCCCUGUGGAAAGAUGUCAAGUCCCGCAGGGCCCUAGUCUCUUGUGAUAGAGCAUUCCACCAGAUCGGAGCCACAGCCGAAAAAGCCCUGGCUCUGGUUGAGGCCAGCCUAACCUCUCUGUGGCCCGAGACCUCCAAGAUGUUUUUGUUUGAAGACCGUAAGUUCCUCUGUGGGACAUACCAGGAGAGGUGGUCCCGUAGGUACGAGGGUCCUAGGCCGCAUAGGGCUUUAAAGGUCAAAACCAGCACCUUAAACCUGAUCCUGUACUCCACCGGGAGCCAGUGCAGCUGGUAUAGCACCGGGUGAAUGUGAUCCCGCAGCGAGGACCCCGUAAGGAGUCUCGCUGCGGCAUUCUGCACCCGCUGGAGUUUCUGGGUCAGUUUCAAGGGCAGCCCCACGUAGAGCGAGUUACAAUAAUCCAGUCUGGAGGUGACCGUCGCGUGGAUCACGUGGCUAGGUCAGGGCGAGAGAGGUAAGGAGCUUAGCAGUUACUUAUUUGUCCAGUGGGAGUUUGCUAUGGGGAGUUGAAACUUUGCAUGCUUUCGUGGAGGGUAAAAGCUUCUGAGUUAGGUCGUUGAGUUUGUCAAAGUCAGUAGGGCAUGGGGUCGGGAAGGGGUUGCAGCCUGGGCCAGACAGAGAGGUUGGGAGGGCUGCAGUAGGUGCUGGGGCCUGAGAUUUCCCACCAGUGCUCUCCAACCCAAUAUCAAUGGGUCCACGUGGGUGAUGGUGAUAAUGGCUUUGAUCUCUUUUUCAGGCCCUCACCCAAAAGCCAGGUCAUCGUCUUAAAGGAUCAUGGCUACUGGGAUGAGCUGAUGGAUGAAGUCAAGCCUGAUAUUGUUGUGAAAGACUGGUGAGUGCCGGAGCCGACGAAACCAGGAGUUGCGGGCUGGGUAGUCUUCCUUGAUAGCAGAAGCAAAACGAACCCCUACCGUUGGGGUUCCUCAUCUGCCAUGAUUUCUGGGCAAAGCAAGGAACGCAAUAGAUAGCGAGGAACGCAAUAGAUAGCAGAACUCAGCUUAAUUUGGAAUCAACAAGUUCCUAGUCCUCAGGGCUUCAAAGAUCUCAGGGCUUCACCUCCUUCCCCUGAAUUGUGCCAGCUGGUCCCUAUAGGUACAACUGUUUAGAAACUGGUGCCCAUGUUUUGAUUUUCCUCUCCCUUCCUUGUCCCUUUUCUCUCUUGUGUGGUGCAGAUUGCAAGCAAGUGCUGCAGAUUGCAAGCCUGUGAGAAGGGGUGGUCUAGUUUGAGUUCUGUGUAAGCUGAUCUGGGGGCCUUUUUGGCUUAAAAGCAGGGCACAGAUACCCUUUGUUGUUGUUUAGUCGUUACUCGUGUCUGACUCUUCGUGACCCCAUGGACCAGAGCACGCCAGGCACUCCUGUCUUCCACUGCCUCCCGCAGUUUGGUCAAACUCAUGCUGGUAGCUUCGAGAACACUGUCCAGCCAUCUCGGCCUCUGUCGUCCACUUCUCCUUGUGCCCUCCAUCUUUCCCAACAUCAGGGUCUUUUCCAGGGAGUCUUCUCUUCUCAUGAGGUGGCCAAAGUAUUGGAGCCUCAGCUUCACGAUCUGUCCUUCCAGUGAGCACUCAGGGCUGAUUUCCUUAAGAAUGGAGAGGUUUGAUCUUCUUGCAGUCCAUGGGACUCUCAAGUCUCCUCCAGCACCAGAAUUCAAAAGCAUCAAUUCUUUGGCGAUCAGCCUUCUUUAUGGUCCAGCUCUCACUUCCAUACAGAUACCCUAAAUAAAUGCAUAAUAAGCAGGCAGCUGCAAAUUCUCCAAAUGUGAUCAGCUCUUUUUUGCAGGACCGGUUCCUCCUCAGAAAUCGCUCUUGUGUCGUUUUGUGCCCCCAAAUAGGUGUGACGUCCUUGACGAGGACCCCUACAACUACACUCUGCACGUGAAACUGUUGUCUGCUGAUUCUGAAGUCCUCUGCGAAUGUCGCGCUGAAGAGUUGGUCUUAAGUGAGCCUGGAGAGACAGAAUGGAGAGAGGUUAGCAGGAAAAAGGCAUUGAAUCAGCUCUGGGAUAUUAACGUGGGCCUUGAGUAAACAGUUCUUCAAAACAUCAGUUCCUUCCUCUUCCUUUUGUUAAACUGACUCCUAACCAUUCCUCCUCCUCUUUCCUCUCUAGGGCUCGUAUACAUUCCAUAACUACCCUGCUGGAGUCCGUUACAUCUAUUUUGAACACGGAGUGACCGGUGUGGACUGUGGGGGCCUAACUAACAGCAGCAUCACUGUGGGACCCAGAUUUCCCUAGAAAGAGGAGGAACCACCAGAAGGGGAAACGGUUCCACUCAUCUGCUUGAGCAACAGGGCGGGGAUACACACAAGGGCUCACUCUGUUGUGUCAUUCCACACAUGCGCGCGCGCGCACACACACACACACGCUUUCCAGCUAAAUGUGUUGCAAUCCUGGGUCCUACAUCUGUUUCCCCAAAGUUGUGUUUUUGUGUAGUUUUCGGAUGAUCAGCAUUUUUUUUAAAAAACAAAUGGGUGUGGAUGUUAUUUUGUAAGAGAAGGUGGGGGACCCUGCAAACAAUAUUAUACUGCAAAAAAGAAAAUGCAACCAGCCACGGUACUGCAGUUGUGUUGAACAAAUACAUAACGUGGGACUCAUCUACACAGCUGCAAAUGAAACCUUUUAAAUGUGUUGUAAAGUAUACAAAUGUGACACUAGAUGGUGACAGUGAGCUAUGCAAAAUUCAAUGUAUUUUUAAAAACGUGUUUGUUUGUUUUAAAAAAAGCAUUUUCUCAGCAUGGGUUUGUGUGUGUGUGUGUGUGUGUGUGUGUGUGUGUGUGUCUGUGUGUGUAGAUCCCACCGUGGUUAAGAUAAAAGAAAGUCCUUCUUUACACAGCUCACAGUUAAGCUAUGGAUCUCUCUUCAAUAGGAGGCAGCAAUGGCUACCAAUUUGGAUGGCUUUAAAUAUGAGAUCAACAUGGAGGAGAGGUCCAGUGCCGAGGGCCUUCUGGCGGUUCCCUCGCUGCAAGAAGCCAAGUUACAGGGAACCAGGCAGAGGGCCUUCUCGGUGGUGGCACCCGCCCUGUGGAACGCCCUCCCACCAGAUGUCAAAGAGGAAAACAACUACCAGACAACUACCAGACAUCUGAAGGCGACCCUGUUUAGGGAAGCUUUUAAUGUUUAAUAGAUUAUUGUAUUUGAAUAUUCUGUUGGAAGCCACCCAGAGUGGCUGGGGAAACCCAGCCAGAUGGGCAGGG